AUGACCACGACAGCAAAUUUUCCUGUGACAGCAGGAUCUAUAGUUGUCCCUUUCGGGCAGGUGGUUGGAAAUGAGAAGUGGAGAGGGUCAGAGAUAGCCGAGAGGCUACAAGGGAAAAUUAGACUCACCUUUGAAGAUGGCUUGGGAAUUGUGGAUUUUCAUCUUUCAAACAGAACUUGCAUUUUAUAUGUUUCUGAAGCAGAUAUGGUUGCAGGGGAUGAAUUCAAACGAAGAUUGGUUCGGUUUAGAAAUGUCAGCAGCCUUCGGGGAAUUGUAAUCGUAGAGAAAACCCAACUAAGCGAUCAGUACUUCUUAGCAGUACAAAAGCUUGUUGUGCUAGAGCUUGGAAUGGUGUUGCUUCCCGUGGCAAAUCAAGGAGAAGCUUCUCAGCUUAUUACUCAGCUAGUCCGUGAACAAAGUAAGGAUCACAGGAGUAACCCCUUUCUUCGUAAACAGUGUUCUCAGCUGGCAGAGCCGUCGCUGUUCCGGACGGUGCAACAGAUCCCAGGGGUGGGGAAAACAAAAGCGCUGCUCUUACUGCAGCGGUUCGGCAGCAUCCAGCAGCUCUGUAACGCGUCUGUCCAGGACCUGCAGCCCGUAGUUGGGCUAACGGUAGCACAGCAAGUCCACAGUUUUUUAUGUUCCUGA